UCCUGUUGUCAAAACUGUCGUGUUUGUUUACGAAAAAGGCGAGACACUUGCUGUGAUAAAAUAUCACUUCCCUUCCAUUUGUCACGUCAUGAAAUUAAUAUAUCCAUUCUUGCAACGAUAAAGACCUGUCCUGAUAGUAUGGCACAGACAGCUCUCACCAAAGAAGAAAUUUUUAAAUGGACCCCUUUACGAUUUGCUGAAGAGACAAAUGCUUGGGAUUGGAUUGAGAAGCAGUUGGAAAAUGGAAUUUCUCUAAGAGAACUGGAAGUGACCAGAGAUAAGCUGAAGAAUAGAGAAGCAGCAGUUGGGAUUCUAACCACAAUUUGCAAGGCAGGUUAUUCAUGCCUUUUGAGAUAUGCUCUCAGUGAAGUGCCAUCUCUGGCCAACAUUUGCCUCGAAAUGGAUCAGACUAGACCACUGCAUAUGGCAAUAAGACACCAUCGUCAUAGUAUUGUGCGGUGUCUUAUUAAUACUAAUGCGGAUAUAAAUAUUUGUGAUCUCUCACAGAGAACACCGCUACAUGAAGCUGUAAAAAGCAAUUGUACACAAGCAGUGAGGAUGCUACUGAAUUCUGGAGCUGACAAGGAAAUGAAAGAUAUGGGAGGAAAGACAGCAAUACAAAGAGCAGCUGAGCUUAAACAUACUGCUGUAGUCAAGUUACUUUGUGAUGCUGGGGCUGACAUAAAUGUCAGUCAAAUUUUGGAAGAGAGGCCUUUAUACAUAGCAGCACAAAUGGGAGAUGCAGAGACAGUGCGCCUUCUUUUGGUUUCUGGAGCUAGCGUGUAUGAUGACAGAAAUCAGUCUGCAUUGCAUUUUGCAGCGGUAACUGGCUGUUAUAUUGCAGCACAGACAUUAAUAGAAGCAGGUAUUGAUGUCGAUAUCAGAGAUGCAGAUCAGAUGACGCCACUGCAUCGUGCUGCUGAGCAUGGUAACAGUGAUAUUUGUUCAUACAUGCUAGUCGCUGGAGCCAAUAGAGAAAUUACAGAUAAACAUGGGAAAACCCCGUUGCAGUAUGCAGCUCAGAAGGGACAGACUGCUGUGGUGCAACUUUUGUGUAACCAAUCUGUAGAUUUCAGUGUUAGUGAGCAGUCAAGGAAGAUACUGUUCCUUGCAGCAGAGAGUGGCAAUCAGGAAACUGUGCAGUUACUGCUACAUCAAUUUUCUGAUACCUUUGAUGAACAUAAAUUGCAUGUUCUACUUGCAGCAGCAUGCAGGGGCAGCGAUGUUGCAGUUCAAACUCUGGCAAAAUCAGGAGUGCAUGUGAAUGCACCAAAUUUGUUUGGAAGGACAGUUCUGCAUGAAGCUGCAGGCAGUUGCAGUGCAGAAACUGUAUGCACACUGCUUGAUGCUGGGGCUGAUGGAAACGCAAUGACCAAUGAUGGUAGGACACCUGCACAUUUUGCUGCUGCAUCUAGCAAGGCAGACACCCUGAAAUUACUAAUAGCCCAAAAUGUUGAUAUUAACAUUACAGAUAUUUCUGGAGAGACACCACUUCAUUGUGCAGCAAAAUGUGGCAGUAAAGAGUGCAUAAACCUUCUACUGGAUGCUGGUGCUGAUCCAUUCGCAAUUACUGACAGUGGUAUGACAGCAUUACACUUUUCAGCAGCAUCUGGAAAAUGUUGUGCUGUUGAGUUACUCUUACUGAGCAACAUCAGCCCUAAUGUUAGGGAUAAGAAAGAUCGAACUCCCUUACACUUUGCUGCAGCUUCAGGGUGUCUUGAAACAGUGAGAACACUUUUUGACAAAGGAUGUAAUGUAGAGUCUACUGAUAAGGAUGGUAGGACACCAUUGCACUGUGCAGCACAACGAGGACAUUCUGAAAUAGUGGAGUUUCUUUGUAAGAAAGGCGCAGAUGCCAAUGGGGGAAAGCAGGAUAAAUGGACAGAAAAACCAAUUUAUUUAGCUGCAGAAAACAACAACAUAAAGAGUGUUCGUGCUCUUUGUCAAGUGUACUCUCUUGGCUGUGAUGAAUAUAAGCGAACUGUAUUGCAUAAAGCAGCCAUGAUUGGUAAAGAUGUGGUAGUGCAGACGUUGGCAGCUGCAGGUGCUGCAGUCAAUGCACAAGACAGUCAUCUUAAUACACCUCUUUUUCUGGCUGUUGCAUGGUGCAAUAAGGACACUGUAAGUGCACUGCUACGAGCAGGGGCUGAUGUAAAUAUGACAUGUACAAAUGGUUGGACAGCUUUACACUGUGCCGCAUCUUUCCAGAAAACUCACCUUGUUCAGAUGUUAAUGGAAUGGGGUGCUGGAAUAAAUGUACAGGAUGACUAUGGACAAACACCACUUCAUUGUGCAACUGACAGUGACAGCCUGGAAACAGUAAGAAUUUUGGUUGAAUCUGGUGCCAGGAAGGAUAUCAAGGAUUGUUGGGGGGAAUCUCCAUACGAUAUUGCUAAAGAUAAUACAAAUUACGCAUUGAUGAGACUUUUAAAAGAUUAAAAAUGAUAUAGUCAUAGUAUUUCAUUGACUUAUUGUACAAAGACUGGCACUGAACUUAAUCCCUUUUGUACAAAUGCACUGAUCUAUUUUGUUUAACUGGUGUUAAUCCUUCUGGGUGACAAGUAACAUUGUAUUUCUGUUAUGUGGUUAUUAAUAUAAACGAAAAACAAUUUGUGUUGUUAUAAUAUAUGUAUUGAUCGAUUGUGUAUGUAAUACACAUGACACAUCAAGAGCUUCUGUCACUUAGUGUUCAGCUAAUUCAGUUUCAUUGUUUAUGCAACUGUAAAGUAGCUGUUGAGUUUAACAUGUUAAUCUCUCAAUUGUUUGUGGUCCAGGUGGUUAAAAAUGACAAGUUACUAGGAGAAUUCUCUUCAUUUUCUAUGAAUGCUUAAAUUUUGUUAGCACAUUUUUGUGUUGCAAUUCCACAUACAUUUUUUUAAAAUUUCCGUUACUCUAUUUUUUAUUCUAUUCUUGUUGAGAAUUUGCACAAAAGAAUCAAUUGAAAUUAUAUUAAAGAUAUAUUUUGUAUUUGCCAUUUUAGUUCUAUCUUACUUCACUACUGCAUGAUGUUAAUAUGUGAUAAUUAUGUUCAUAAAUUACAAGCAGUGAAGAUAAAGUUGAGAAAAACUAUAAAUGCUGGAAGUUAUGAGCUAGGCUAAUGAUUCUUGGAGUUAUAAAAUCUGUCUAACAGAGAUCAUAAAUAAUGACAGUUAAUUGAAAUGGAACACAUGUUGCCAACAUGCUCAGCAGUCAAAAGAUUCAGGGUACAGGAUAGCAUUGUAAGCAUCCAAGGUAAUGAAGAAUAGAGCAUACCAAAGAGAAAAAUGAUAACUUAUAGUGAAGAACUGUAUUUUCACUAAUUUGAAUGGGGAGAAAAGACUCAUAUGUACUGGAAAAAAGAGAAUACAAAAAUCUGCUAGAUUUAUGGUAACUGAAGUGGGAAAGGGAGGAGGAGUCAGAAAUAUGCAAAGAAGCUGUAAAAUAAGUGUCAUAAAUCUUAGCACUGUACAGCAGGAUUCAAAAUAGGAUUUUGUAGAAAACAUAUACAAAUCUAGUAAAACCAAAUGCAAUGAGAAGAAUACAUUGAAGGCUUAUGAAAAGGCAAAAAAUCGUUGUCUAAAGUGACAAGGAAAGAGACAGGCAAUGAUCUGGAAAACUGAUACUAUUCAGAUUAUACAGAGCAUAGAAUUGCUACGAUCAACAAAGUAGUUAAAGAUACCUUCAGUAUCUUCUGUGUCUAUUAUCUGUGGAAGAUAUAGAAUCAAAAGGUUAUUCAGCAUAUUUUUUAGUUUCUUCGGGUAGCAUGAGAAAUGCAUUUUCUUCAUCAUGGACAGAAAACAUUAUUGUGCAAUCAAAAGAGCUACUCACACUUAAUGCCAAAUCAUUCGAGGUUUUGUAG